AUGGAACCGCUGACAGUUCUCCUCGUCGGCAACGGCGGCCGCGAGCACGCCCUCGCAUGGAAGCUAGCCCAGUCGCCGCGCGUCGGCCGCAUCCUGGCGGUGCCGGGCAACGGUGGCACGGCGUCGACGGCCAAGACAGAAAACGUGGCGGCAACGACAGCAACGGCCGAGGACUUUGCAUCGCUGGUGGCGCUGGCUCGCCGCGAAAACGUCGGGCUGGUGGUUCCGGGACCCGAGGCGCCGCUGGUGGCCGGCAUCGUUGACACGUUCCGUGAUGCCGGCAUCGCCUGUUUUGGGCCCAGCAAAGCAGCUGCUCGACUUGAAGCCAGCAAGGCUUUCAGCAAGGACUUUAUGCAGCGCCACAGCAUUCCGACUGCGGCCUACCGCAACUUCCGCGACUUUGACGCUGCCUGCCGCUACGUCGAGCAGCUCGUCCCCGCCGACCGUCGUCCUACCCCCGAGACUGCUGUGCCGGCUGUCGUGAUCAAGGCCGAUGGCAUCGCUGCCGGAAAAGGCGUUAUUCUCCCCCACACGCGCCAGGAGGCUCUCGCAGCCCUUCGUGCCAUCAUGGUCGAUCUCGAGUUUGGUGCUGCUGCUGGUGCCGAGGUCGUCAUCGAAGAGUUUCUCGAUGGCGAUGAACUCAGCAUCCUCACCUUUUGCGACGGCCACUCCUUCCGCUCUCUGCCUGCCGCCCAGGAUCACAAGCGCAUCUUUGACGGAGACCGCGGCCCCAACACUGGCGGCAUGGGCUGUUAUGCUCCCACUGCUCUCGCCACGCCCGCCCUCCUCGAGCUGGUCGACCGCGACAUCCUGCAGCCUACCAUCGCCGGCAUGCGCAAGGAGUGGGCCCCCUUCCGCGGUAUUCUCUUCACCGGCCUCAUGAUCUCGCCUGCCGGCGUUCCCAAGGUCCUCGAGUACAAUGUCCGCUUCGGCGACCCCGAGACCCAGACGGUUUUGCCUCUGCUUUCGUCCGAUACCGAUCUCGCCCAGGUCAUGCUCGCCUGCUGCCACGGCUGUCUCGACGCGGUCGAUAUUCACACUGAGAACCGUUUUAGCGCCACCGUCGUCGUUGCUGCUCCCGGCUAUCCCGGUUCCUAUCCCAAGGGCACGCCCAUGACCGUUGGCGAACCUGCUGUCGGCUCCGACAUCUCCAUCUUCCACGCUGGCACUACGCGCGAUCCUGUCUCUGGCGCCUUGAAGACUGCUGGAGGUCGUGUCAUUGCUGCUACCGCCACGGCUGAGACUCUCGAGGCUGCUGUUGCCAAGGCUUACGCCCACGGCCUACCGCUUAUCCGCUUUGACGGCAUGCAGUUCCGCAAAGAUAUUGCUCACCGCGCCUUCCGCAAGUCUUCUCCUUCUGUUGCUGCUGCUCCCACCUCUCUCUCCUAUGCCGACGCCGGCGUCAGCAUCGAGGCCGGCAACCAACUCGUCCAGCGCAUCAAAAAGGCCGUCGCCUCCACCGCCAUUCCCGGAGCCGAUGCCGAAAUCGGUGGCUUCGGCGGCGAGGUCGACUUGGCCAAAGCCAACCUGACCUCUUCGGCCCUGCCCAUCAUCGUUGGCGCCAUCGACGGCGUCGGCACCAAACUUAAGAUCGCUCUCGACAUCGGCAAGCACGACACUGUCGGCAUCGACCUCGUCGCCAUGAACGUCAACGACCUCGUCGUCCAGGGCGCCCGUCCUCUCAUGUUCCUCGACUACAUCGGCUGCAGUCGUCUCAACAGCGAUGUCGCCGCUGCCUUUGUCGAGGGUGUUGCUGCCGGCUGUCGUGAGUCUGGCUGUGCCCUCGUCGGCGGCGAGACUGCUGAGAUGCCCGGCAUGUACCAGGAUGACGAGUAUGAUGCUGCCGGAGCCGCCAUCGGCGUCAUGCACGAGUCCGCUCGUCUGCCGCGUACCGCCGACCUCGUUGCCGGCGACGUCCUGCUCGGCCUCGCCUCCAGUGGCGUCCACUCCAACGGCUUCUCGCUCGUCCGCCGCAUUGUCGACCGUUCUGGCUUGCCUUACUCCUCUCCCGUGCCGUGGUCCACUGCUGGCACUGCUGCUGCCGGUGCCACCACUCUUGGCGCCGCCCUGCUCACUCCCACUCGCAUUUAUGUCCGCUCGCUGUUGCAGGUCGUUGAGCGCAUCAAGGGCCUCGCCCACAUCACCGGCGGCGGCCUCACCGAAAACGUCCCUCGCAUGCUCCCCGACCACCUCUCGGCUUCUAUCGACGUCGCCUCCUGGCCCGUUCCACCCGUCUUUGCCUGGCUGCGUCAGCAGGGCAAUGUCGUGCCCCCCGAGAUGGCUCGCACUUUCAACAACGGCAUCGGCAUGGUCCUAGCCGCUGCUCCCGAAGAGGUUGCCCACGUCACCGCCACCCUCGAGGCUGCUGGCGAGCGUAUCUUCCGUAUCGGCCAGCUGGUGCCGCGUGGCGACGACCACGGAUGCAUUCUGACCAACCUGGACACCUGGGCGUAA